GAGGGAGGGAGCGGCCGCUUGUGUCUGUGUGAGGGAGGGAGGGAGCGGCCGCUUGUGUCUGUGUGUCUGUGUGAGGGAUGGGAGAGGCCGCUUGUGUCUGUGUGAGGGAAGGAGCGGGGGAGCGGCACGCUUGUGUCUGUGUGAGGGAGGGAGGGAGGGAGCGGCCGCUUGUGUCUGUGUGAGGGAGGGAGGGAGGGAGCGGCCGCUUGUGUCUGUGAGGGAGGGAGAGGCCUGCAGAGAAAACCUCUGGUGGGAAGUGAUGUUUUGUGAAAAAGUGGUGGAGCUGAUCCGGGAGCUGCAGCGCGCUACGGAUGGACAACUGCCUCCAUUCAAUGAGGAUGGUAUCAGAGAAGUCCUUGAAGAGAUGAAGGCCUUAUACGAACAGAACCAAAGCGAUGUAAACGAGGCUAAAUCAGAAGAAAAGACUGACUUAAUCCCAACGAUAAAGUUUCGUCACUGCUGCUUGCUGAGGAACAAACGCUGCGUUUUAGCAUACCUGUAUGACCGUAUGCUACGGAUUCGAUCCUUGAGGUGGGAAUAUGGAAGUGUCCUGCCAUCAGAAAUCCGGUUCCAUUUUGCUCCUGAAGAGACAGAGUGGUUCAAUCAGUAUAAAAAGUCACUGGCCACUUAUAUGAGAGCCAUCGGAGGAGAUGAAGGGUUGGAUAUAACUCAAGAUAUGAAACCACCAAAAAGUCUAUUCAUUGAGGUGCGGUGUUUGAAAGAUUAUGGUGAGUUUGAGAUCGAUGAUGGUACAACAGUCCUCCUGAAGAAAAACAGCCAGCACUUUAUGCCCAGGUGGAAGUGUGAACAGUUAAUCCGUCAUGGAAUCCUGGAACACGUGUUAUCCUGAGAACAUAAGCUGGAAGACCGCGUGCCACUAGACUGUUCAACGUUGCUUUGGCUUGUAUUGCCUUGCCUUAUUAAAAUAUUCAGCUAGGAUCAAA